AUGAAUACAGUGUUUUCGUUAUGCGGAAAGAAUACUAAUAGCGUGAACGGUUGCAAGUGCAAGCUACUGCAGAUGCAAUCGCCCGGCAGUUUUUACGCAACCUACCCAAAUGUCAGUGCUUCCAAGCUGGAAUCAUGGCAGAAAAUGCUUAGCAAUUGGAAUGAGGCUGGUGCAUCAUGCAUGGAAAAGAUUCAUGUCUUCCUUGAAGAUGGUGUUCCCAUCAAAUUACGUGGACGUCUGUGGAAAUGCCUUUUGGGCAGUGACCUAGCUAAACAGAGUAGCAGUCACACCUACCAGGAGUAUGUGGAGGAACUGCGCAAUCAGCUGGCAAGGCUUGGCGUGAAUGAGUAUGGGGUGCAGGUGGCCAUUUCUACACUGGAAAAUGCAGAUAAAGAGAAGACAGAAACAGACAGCACAGCUCCCAACCUGACAGCUAAUCGCAACCCUGAGAUCACCAUUGAAACAUUAAGACAGAUUGUCCUCGAUGUCGAAAGAUCAUUUCCCACUCAUUGUUCCCUAAUGGGUAAAAAUCCAGAGGCAAAAGAAGGACAGGCAAAACUCUUCAGGAUCCUCUCUGCAUAUGCCAAGUAUAAUCCCCAGAUUGGCUACUGCCAAGGAAUGUCCUACAUAGCAGCAAUGCUCCUAAUGAACAUGCAAGAAGAGGAUGCUUUCUGGGCUUUGGUUGUCCUCCUGGAAAAGCCCAAGUACCUGGCUGGAUUUUAUGAACAUUCUUUAGAUACAAUCCAAAGGCAUGCCAAAAUCUUUCAACAGCUGCUGAAACAUCGAAUGCCCUGCCUCUGGCAACAUAUGGAGAAUUUGGAAGUGGCACCGUUACUGUUCAUCACCACUUGGUUCCUGACUCUUUUUACAUCCUUGCCUUGCUGGGAUUCGGUGUUGGCCAUCUGGGAUCUAAUCAUUCUCGAUGGUAUCAAUGUAAUAUUCAGCACUGGCCUGUGUAUUCUACAGCUGCUAGAACCUCGGCUACUCGCCAUGUCUGAUGUCUCUGUGCUCCUCCCGACCCUACUCCGGAUUCCCGUCGAUGUCUCCAGAUAUAAUGUCCUGGUCCCAGCGCUGUGGGUAACCAAGGUACACAAGUGGGAGCUGGACUGCAUGCAGAGUGUGGUGCUGGAAGAGGAGGAGGAAGCACUGCUUUCCUCAGGCAAGCUCUCCAUUCAGGCAGCCACUGUGGAAAAUACGACAAAGCUAAAUGGGAAAAAAGCACUUGACACAAAGGGAGCAGAAGGGAAGAGGACUACAAGGUCAAGUUCAUCGAUAGGAAGAGGAGCAGGACAACAAGAGACAUUGAAGGACACGCUUACCAAGAUGCUGAAAAUAGCCCGCUGUUACCUGCAAGAUUUGCGUCACUUGUCUGAAGGACACAGGGAAACCCCUUCACAGGAAAAAACAUUGUUUAUCCCUGGUCAUUCAAAGCGUCGGUCAACUACUCUCAACAACAAAGGGCAGGCGAGGAGGGGGGUUGGUGGGAGGGGGAGGAUUGAGAAAACUUCCCGAUAA